AUGUGUCGCCCACACGUCGCACAGUGUCGCCGGGAGCGCGAGCCACAUCGCACCGCGAGGGUAUCUUGCGUGCUGCUCCUGCUGGCGCUCGUUUCAGCCUGUCCGCAGAAUGCGGCGUCUAUCGCGGCCAGCAUGCCACCUGGCGCCGCCACCCCAAUGGAGCAGCAAGCAGAGCACGCAGCGCCACUGGCGUUCUGGGAGGCGAUGGGGCUGUGGCGAGCGGGGCGAUGCGCUGUUAGCGUUCUGGGAGGCGAUGGGGCGCAGCGAGGGGCUGAGGGCGAGAGGGUGGGCGCCUAUCCUUCUCCUCCCUUCCCUUACACCGCCUGUCCCUGCACCCCCCUUCCUUCUCCCCGCCCCCGCACAGGCGCAGCGCUGCUGGCGUUUUGGGAGGCGACGAGGCAAAGAGCGGCGCUGCUGGCGUUCUGGGAGGCGAUGGGGCGCAGCAAGGGGCUGCGGGCGAGCGGGUGGGGCAACACGUCGCUCCCGUGUGACCCACGCAGGCCGCCGUGGGGGGGCGUGCACUGCAGCCCCACAGGCCACGUGGACGGCAUCGAGCUGCCAUACAAGGGACCGGAGUCACCGCAGGGGAAGGAGCUGCAGGGGCAGGUGCCGUGGGCGGGCAUGACAGCCCUCUCACGCCUCACAAUGCUCGACCUCAGCUUCAACCAGGCCUCGGGACCUCCUGUCACCCCUGCUGUUGCCGCCUUUACUGCCCUGCAAACCCUCCAGCUGCAGUACAACAAGCUCACCGGCCCCGUCCCUGCUGUAAUCGGCUCCCUGCCCGCGCUGCAGAUUCUCGAGCUGGGCUACAAUCAACUCUCAGGCCCGCUGCCUUCCACCCUCGGCCUGCUGCCCUCUCUGCAAGCACUCCGCAUCCCAUUCAGCAACAUCACGGGGUCCCUGCCGGCCUCGCUCUCGCGCCUCUCAGCGCUGAGCUCACUGCGCCUCACACAGAACCUUCUCGCUGGCCCCCUCCCCGCCAACCUCUCAGCACUCACCGCACUAACUGAGCUGAAUUUGGCGAAGAAUCAGUUGAACGGCUCUUUGCCUGCCUCGUGGGGUGCACUCACCUCACUUGCUGACCUCAAGGUGUCGGUGAAUUCUCUCAGCGGCUCGCUGCCAGCCUUGUGGAGCAAGCUCUCGGCGCUCAGGCAGCUGGCGGCUUCCAGCAACAACAUCACAGGGCCCUUCCCCGCCUUCCUGCUCUCGCUACCGAGUAUUGAGGAGAUCACCCUGAACAGCAACAGCAUGUAUGGUCCAGUGCCGCCCAACAUCACCAUCUCUCCCAGCGUCACGACCCUGGACAUCGGGCUCAACUACUUCAACGGCUCCGUCCCGCCUGCUCUGGACCAGCCAGGCUUCAUCUUCGUGGACAACUGUUUCAAUGAGACGGGCAGCACCAAUCAGAAGCAGCAGAGCAGCUCCACCUGCACCAUUUUCUACAACCUGCUCUACCCCCGACCCCCUCCCGGCCCACCAGUCCAGGAGGUGGUAACAGUGCCAUCCUCGUCCUUCCCAAUAGCAGCAGUGGUGGUGCCGGUCGUGGUGGUGGUGCUAGUGCUGCUGCUCACUGUCUUCCUCUGGCGGCGCUGGCGCUCUGAAAGGCUCGCACGCAUGCUGCGCAAGGAGAUUGGCAGCAGCUCACGCGUAUUCUCCCUGGCGGAGCUGCGGCGGGCCACCAAGGAGUGGCAGGCGGAGAUCGGGCGGGGCGGGUAUGGCAGCGUGUACAAGGCGGUGCUCAAGGACAAGACGGUGGUGGCCGUGAAGCGGCUGGACGUGGUGUCGGACCAGGGCGACAGGGAGUUCAUUCGCGAGGUGGAGCUGCUCUCACGCGUGCACCACCGGCACCUGGUGAAUCUCCUGGGCUUCUGUGCGGAGAAGGAGGAGCGUGCGCUCGUGUACGAGUACAUGGGGCUGGGGUCGCUGUUCGACCACUUGCACGGCCCGCACGCCAAGGAAACUCCCCUGUCAUGGGACUCACGCAUCAAGAUCGCCAUCCACGUGGCGCUCGGCAUUGACUAUCUGCACUACGGCGCCGACCCGCCUCUCAUCCACCGCGAUAUCAAAUCAGGCAACAUUCUCCUGUCCGAAGAUGGCUUAGCAAAGGUAGCAGACUUCGGGCUGUGCAAGGAGGUGCCGGUGGAUGUGACGCUGGAAGGCCAGCCGCAGCUGCUGCCGCCCACCACGGCGGUGCGGGGGUCGUUUGGGUACCUGGAUCCCGAGUAUGUGAGCACGUCGCUGCUCACCGACAAGAGCGACGUGUACAGCUAUGGCGUCGUGCUGCUGGAAUUACUCAGUGGCAAGUAUGCCAUUCACGAGAAGCAGCCUCUCGCAUACUGGGCGGAGGAGUAUCUGAUGGACAGCGAGCGCCUGGUGGAGCUGCUGGACCCGGCGCUGGGCAGCGACUACGACCUGCAUGAGGCGCAGAUUCUGUGUGACAUCGCCAGGAGCUGCGUGCAGGACCGUUCGGCGGACCGGCCAGCCAUCAGGGACGUGGCGCAGGCGCUGGUGGAGCAUCUGGGGCGCGUGGUGGUGAUGGCCUCCUCCACCGCCUCCUCCGAGUACAGCUAUGGCUACUCCUAUGAUGACUAUGGCUCGCAGCAGCCUUUCUUUUCGGGCAGCCUGCCCGACACCUCAGGCAGCUACACGGGGGAUUCGCCAGGGAAUCCGGUUGCUGGUGGUGGUGCGAAUGGUGGUGCGGGUGGGAAGGCUGGGAAUGGUGGGACGGGGGAUGGGUUCACGUUUCGGAAUUGCCAGUCACAGCCAAUCAUCAUCGCGCGUGCGGGUGGGGGAGUGGAGGGGAGUGGGGAGGACGGGGGAGGGGAGGGGGAUGGGGGAGCGGGGAGUGUGCAGAUGUCAACGGGUGUGCAUGGCAACAGGCCUCCUGUGCCCAUUGGGGCGCAUGAGGGCACGGUGUGA